AUGCCCCCUUCCGGUCUGGAGGCUGGAGGUCUGACCCGAGACCAAAGUGGCCAGGCCUCGGUCAUAGACACCACCCGGCCUGCAUCCUCGUGGCUGUCCCUGUGUGUGGCCGGCCUGCAGAGGCACGCCCCUCAUGGCAUGCUGUUGCCGGACACAAGGGGGGCACGCUGGUGCCCCUGCUCCGCCUACACCCCUGCCCUGCCUGGACAUGGACGGGAGGACUUGGAGGCGUGCUCCUUCAGGGUGCAGGCGGGCCAGCUGCGGCUCUAUGACCACGACCAGCUGACCAGGGUGGCCGGCAUCAUCCGCCAUCCCAAGUACAACGAGAGCUUGUCUGCCGAGGGGGGCGCAGACGUGGCCCUGCUGCGGCUGGAGGCGCCCCUGGAGCUGUCGGAGCACGUCCACCCCGUCUCCCUCCCGCCAGCCUCCCUGACGGUGCCCCCGGGGAAGACCUGCUGGGUGACGGGCUGGGGAGACGUGGCAGACGACACGCCGCUGCCCCCGCCCUACCAGCUGCAGGAGGUGAAUGUCCCCAUCGUGGGGUGGGAGGACUGUGACCAGCGGUACCAGAACCUCUCCUCGCCGGAGGACCCCAGCGGGAUCGGGGAAGACAUGCUGUGUGCCGGCAGCAAGGGCCGGGACUCCUGCCAGCUGGACUCCGGGGGCCCCCUGGUGUGCAGGUGGAACUGCACCUGGGUCCAGGUGGGAGUGGUGAGCUGGGGCCACCUCUGUGGUCACCGCGACUUCCCUGGGGUGUACACCAGUGUGAUGAGCUACGUGCCCUGGAUCCUGCAGUACGUCCCUCUGUUCCCUGGACCCUAGGUGCGGCCGGGGGGUCUGCACCCACCCUUCGCCAAUCCUGACCUCACCCUCCCUUUACACCCCUGCCUGAGCCUCUCCUUCUGCGGCUUUUCAAGGUUCUGUUUCUUCCGGCUAGCUUGGGGUGGGGGGUACCCAGAGAUGGGCCAGAGCCGGAGCUCAGUCCCAGGAGUCCCCCUUCACAUUACUGGUAAUGUGAAGCUCAGUAAAUGGUGUGA